AUGCCUCCAAAAUCCACGACUUCGCCUAAGACAAGCGGUUCUUCCGCAAAAUCGAAGGCGAAAUCGCCAGAAACUAAGGUUAAGGCUCACAACAAUUCAUCUUAAGAAGCAUCUUUGAGCCCUGUCUUAAGGGGAGCGAGCCCUGUCGUAAGGGGAGACCACGUCAAAGAUGCACUCAAAGAUGAAUAUAUGUGAGAUCUAAUAAAGACAACGAAAACGGAUGGGACAAGCAGUUCCACAUACCACGAGAUGUUGUCUGGCUCAACACUGCGGGAAGGGGAGUGUCGCCGGUGAAUGUGAUAAAGGUACUGGUAAAUCCGUUGCAGUUUUUAUGUCGUGCUGUGCACUAGAUUAGCUGCUGAGCCAUAAGAUUAGGAUAGGUACUUUUUGAUAAUCGAAUUCAACACAUCAUCAUCAUCAUCAUCAUCAUCAUCAUCAUCAUCAUCGAAACUACUUACUUAGGCCGCGUCCGACGCCGUCGCACGGAAGCAGAAACCAUGGGAGAUGCAGGAGGAUGAUGAAUUACCUCUGAGAGAACAAUUCGCGCGGCUCCUGCCUAGUGCUGCUGCAGAUGAAAUCGCUAUUGCUAGUGCUGCGUCGACACACUUGAGCGCCAUAGCGUGGAAUCUCAAGGAUACAUGGACAGAUGAUAACAUGUUAAGGCUAGUUUUUCACUAUCCCUUGUAGAGUAGGAAUAUGCUGAGUUGUGGAGUCUGCUGAGUGGAGGCUCAUCCUUUGAGUUUUUAGAGGUGGGUAUAGAAACUAAGGGGGACGUGGGGCAUCUCACUCAACUGCGGAUCAUAGUGAAAACCUAGCGUUAAGCAUGGACCACCAAGAUGAAACAGAGACGGUUACUAGAGAAAUCUUAGUCCUGGAGAACCAGUUCACUAGUCACGUUUAUCCAUGGCAAGAAGCGCUGGUUGAUACGAAUUUGGCAAGGUUUGUCGUUGUUCCACACACCACUGAGCUGAGCACAUCAGUCGAUCUGACCGACACGGUUUUGAAUGUGUAUCGACAGCGUCAAGAUAAAGUCGCAUUGGUCGCUUUGCCGCACUGUCUCUGGUUAAGGCUACCGCUGAAGCCUGUCCUCAACACCAUCAUCCUUGGAUCUUCUUUCUCUACUUGUAAAAAGAGUCAGGGACGAUGCUCUCUUCAGGGAUACAAACGCGGUAGCUCUAAUUUGGAUAGAUGGAGCGUUAUUAGAUCUCGAGAAGAUCGCUGCGGAACUAGACCCCGCAUGCCUUUUAGUGCUGGACCUAACGCAGUCUUUAGGCGUUUUGCCAGUGAGCGAGAAGUUAGUGCGACGUGCAGACGCGAUUGUGGCGACUACGCAUAAGUGGCUCUUGGGUUUGUACGGAAUCAGUUGCAUGUACGUCAAUGGCAAUUGUGCCGUUUCCCGCAUUGUUCCGCGAGGUGCUUCUGGACAGGCCAACCGAUUGAGACCGUUAGACAUUCACGAGCGAAACCGCGUAGGCUGCGAAGGCGGUAAAUGUCUGCCGUUUCUGCUGGAAACUGACGUAAGAAGAGAAUGGGCAUCCGGGACGUCACCUUUUCGGGAUAAGGCUGGUGGAAGUUCAUCUAGUACAGGUCGUGGCAGAAUUUAUUUUACGGCCAAUAAUUAUCGUCAACCCAUCUUCUACAAGAGCAUCUUCUGGCCGUUUCUUCUCUAGUUGAAAACAGCUCAAAUUAGAUGCUCGGAAAGAUGGGGGACCGGUUUUUCUAAUGGCGGGAAUUUGGCGUCAUCUUCAACGAGUCCAAGAGGAGUUGGAAAGAGUCCUAUGAGUCAUGCAAAGCGAGCCCCUCAAAUCGAUGAUGAAGACGAGGAGGAACUAGCAGCAAUGUCACCUGCAAAAUUUAGAGCGAUGAGUAUUCUUUAUUCGAUGAGUGCGAGUUAUUUGAUGUCGUUCACUAAGUGGUUCACUACUUCAAAAUGAAAAACGUCCGGUGAAGAUCGCUUCUUCACUUUUCUCACUACAAUCUAUCUGUCUUCUUCAUUUUUCUCACUACAAUCUGUCCUCUACAGGCGUGAAGCUCCAGCCUAAGAUGACUGGUAAAUCGCUUGCAGACGAGGCGCGUAUGUCUCUGCUGGCAGUAGGGUCAGGUCCUAGCGCGACAGGAUCAUCACCAAGUCGAAAACGAGCUAAGAAAGAAGAGGGGGUUCCCCAAGCUUUGCCUCAAUUGAAAUUAUGGCCCUCGUCAUUUUUUCACAGAUCACCUCUGUUCUUCGUUUCCAUCCUCACUGGGAUGGAUUCUUUGAGGAUGAACCAAUCUCAACGAUGUUUAGGAAAGAAGCUUUUUCUUGCAUUUUGCGAGCUGCUCUAAUCGUAGUAACUGCUGCACAUUCCAGCUACGGGAGUUCUAGUGCUUAUGCCGCGUUAACCGAGGACGAAGCGGACCACGACUUCAAUGUACGAAAAAUGAGAGUUUUGGCGCCUAAAGUCUACAGUGGGCCAUUGUAUGAGCCCGCGUUUCGCGGAGGCAGUGGCGUAAGGCUUGACAUGGGCGGACGACCUGGCAACCCAGUGCUUUUGCCUGCACUCUUAGCUUCUUUGAAGUUGAUAACUGAGGUUUGGCGCGUACCUGACAUCAAGAAGCGCUGUGCGGCACUGAUGGGUCAGUUAGUGGAGGAGUUGGAGGACCUAAAUCAUGAGCUAAAGAAGAAGUCUAUAGAGCAGACAGGAGCGGGUGUGAGCACGCUUGCGACGCACUAUCUCCAAAUCGUCUACCCAAAGACUCAUGCGCCACAUUUGUUAUGAACAACAGGAUAAAAAACAGUUGGAGGUUGUUGAUUCAAAUGAACUUGAGUUUUAAGAUUGUUGUAAGGGUGGACCUACCUAGAAAUUCAGUCCAUGACAUGAGCAUUUGUCUCUACUAGGCUUUUUCGUCUUCUAAUGCAUAUCGGUUUGAAGUUUGCGGCGUUUGCUACGAAGACCGACCGGCAAGAUUUUGGUGUCGCUUUAUCAGCGGAGAAAGCCUACGAGCGUCUGUGCAAUAGCCACAUCUACACUUAAGGCAAAGGCUUGGUGACGUUUGCGCAAAGCAUCUCACUUGUGCUCACAAGAAAAAGCACUGGGGCUACUCACCUAGACGGUCAGAAAAAAAAGCCUCCGGGGUACUUAGAUAUACAACUAUCGACCACGGAGUACUACAUCAUCCUCUUCUAGAUUCAUUCUAUAUUUUCAACUAUGACGGAGUACUACAUCAUCCUCUUCUAGAUUCAUUCUAAUGAAAAAGUUGGCGUGCAGGCUGCAUUCGCGUUUCGGUAUAUGCGUAUAAUACCCCUGCCGACGUAACCAAGCUUGUCAGGUGCCUCAAAGUCUAUCUUUUCGAUGCAUUGAUGCUCAGGUAGGAGAUUAUAGCCGUUUAUGACAAGAAAACACUUCCUUUAUAUUGGGUGUUGUACAUGAUACGGAGGACGAACACGCGCUUCGAUUCUCCUGCACUAGUAGUGCGAAAGUAUUCACCUAUCAAUCUCUAUAUUAUCUAUAAGCAUC